AUGGUAUAUUGCCGACUGUUCAUGAAUCUUCUCAGAUACAUUUUCUUUAUUUCCUAUCAUUUCUUUUUGCCUUCUUGGGAAGAUGGUAUAUUGCCGACUGUUCAUGAAUCUUCUCAGAUACAUUUUCUUUAUUUCCUAUCAUUUCUUUUUGCCUUCUUGGGAAAGAUGAUACAUUUUCUUUAUUUCCCUAUCAUUUCUUUUUGCCUUCUUGGGAAAGAUGGUAUAUUGCCGACUGUUCAUGAAUCUUCUCAGAUACAUUUUCUUUAUUUCCUAUCAUUUCUUUUUGCCUUCUUGGGAAAAGAUGAUACAUUUCUUUUUUUCUAUCAUUUCUUUUGCCUUCUUGGGAAAGAUGGUAUAUUGCCGACUGUUCAUGAAUCUUCUCAGAUACAUUUUCUUUAUUUCCUAUCAUUUCUUUUUGCCUUCUUGGGAAAGAUGGUAUAUUUUGUUCUUCUUCUCAGAUACAUUUUCUUUAUUUCCUAUCAUUUCUUUUGCCUUCUUGGGAAAGAUGGUAUAUUGCCGACUGUUCAUGAAUCUUCUCAGAUACAUUUUCUUUAUUUCCCUAUCAUUUCUUUUUGCCUUCUUGGGAAAAGAUGGUUAUUUAUUUCUAUUCAUGAAUCUUCUCAGAUACAUUUUCUUUUUUCCUAUCAUUUCUUUUGCCUUCUUAGGAAAGAUGAUCAUUUUUCUUUAUUUCCUAUUUUCUUUUGCCUUCUUGGGAAAGAUGAUACAUUUUCUUUAUUUCCUAUCAUUUCUUUUUGCUUCUUGGGAAAAGAUGGUAUAUUGCCGACUGUUCAUGAAUCUUCUCAGAUACAUUUUCUUUUAUUUCCUAUCAUUUUUUUUGCCUUCUUGGGAAAGAUGAUACAUUUUCUUUUUAUUUCCUAUCAUUUCUUUUUUGCCUUCUUGGGAAAGAUGGUAUAUUGCCGACUGUUCAUGAAUCUUCUCAGAUACAUUUUCUUUAUUUCCUAUCAUUUCUUUUUCUUUUUGCUUCUUGGGAAAGAUGGUAUAUUGCCGACUGUUCAUGAAUCUUCUCAGAUACAUUUUCUUUUAUUUCCUAUCAUUUCUUUUGCCUUCUUGGGAAAGAUGGUAUAUUGCCGACUGUUCAUGAAUCUUCUCAGAUACAUUUUCUUUAUUUCCUAUCAUUUCUUUUUGCCUUCUUGGGAAAGAUGUCAUUUUUCUUUUUUCCUAUCAUUUCUUUUGCCUUCUUGGGAAAGAUGGUAUAAUGCAUGGCUCUUCUCAGAUUCAUUUUCUUUUAUUUUUAUCAUUUUUUUGCCUUCUUGA